AUCAUCGUUACUUCGGUUGCAGUUCAGUUAGUCUCCAUACUCCCCGUCAAGAUGGUCAUCGUCGCUAAGAAAUGGAUAUACGCCAAGGCGUUCUCCGGUUUUCCAACCGGAGAAAAUUUCCGCCUCGAAGAGGAAACCCUCGGCGAGCUGAAGGAUAAUGAAUUCCUCGCCGAAGCGCUCUUCCUCAGCGUCGAUCCGUACAUGCGACCGUACAUGGCGCAAUAUCCGGAGGGUUCCGUCAUGAUCGGAGGGCAGGUGGCCAAGGUGGUUGCCAGUCGGAACGCGCGCUUCCCCGUGGGUUGUCACGUGCAUGGAAGCUUCGGUUGGCGCACGCACACGAUCUGCAAUCCGGACGAGGGCGAGAAACAUUGGGCGCCGUAUUUGUUGCCGGAUUUUGGACAGGAACCGCUUUCGCUGGGGGUUGGAGUGCUAGGGAUGCCGGGUUGUACGGCGUACUUUGGAUUUUUGGAGAUUUGCAGGCCGAAGGAGGGGGAGACGGUUGUGGUGAGUGGGGCGGCCGGGGCCGUUGGAAGUCUUGUUGGGCAGAUCGGGAAGAUUAAGGGAUGUAGGGUGAUUGGGAUCGCCGGGACGGAUGAGAAGUGUGCGUGGUUGAGGGAGCUCGGUUUUGACCAUGCGAUCAACUAUAAAACGGCGGACAUUGGGGCGGAACUGAAAGUGGCCGCUCCGAACGGAGUGGACUGCUACUUUGACAACGUCGGAGGCAAGACGACGGAGAUCGUGCGGGGACAGAUGAACAAUUUUGGCCGGAUCUCGGUUUGUGGAACCAUUUCGAACUACAACGCGGCACAACCGACGAUGGUGGUUGAUCCGCAGCGGGACUACGUUUGGAAGCAGCUUCGUCAGGAGGGUUUCAUGUGCUGGCGCUGGCUUGAUCGUUGGGUCGAGUGUAUCAAACAACAUCUGGUGUGGAUCAAGGAGGGGAAGCUCAAGUACCGGGAGACCUUCACCGACGGGUUCGAGCAGAUGCCGAAGGCCUUCAUCGGAAUGUUGAACGGAGAGAAUGUCGGAAAGGCGGUGGUCAAAGUUUGAUGAAGAUUUUUAUUGUCUAUUCGUACUGUUUUAAGAUCCGCGAUACGUGGAAUAUCCAAACGGAUUCAGCAGCAGCGGAAUGUGGUAGUGUUGACUGGCGUCCUUGAUGUUGAAUACAAUCUGUAAUGAAAACCCAACAACUCAAA